AUGACUUCCGACAACAUUUGCCUCGAGCUGGUCGAUACCGUGCGGUACUCGCGGGAAGCCGGUGUUGCUGGUAGCUUCCCCACCGAGGAAGAUAAUAGUGGCAUUUUGGAGCGGAACGGGCUCGCAUGGUAUGCGCGCGGAGCCGUGCUGGAGGUAUUUAACAUAAAUCCAGGUUUUAAGGUUAUUUCCCACAACUUCGUCGGCUACGGCAGCAAACCCAAAACGUGCACGAUCGAGUGCGUUGAGGAAGUGUUCUUCAGCCGUCCGACCGUUCUUGCCGUGGUGCUGCGGUUGGGCUUGGACCAGUGUCAGAUUGUUUUCCUGUCCCUCCAUCGGUGUCGCGAGCUGGGCCGUAUCGACAUACAGGAGAGCGUGAAGACGGUACGAUUGAUAGACAACAGGCUCGAGGAUGUUGGUGCGCUGGGUCACUUUAGCUGUUGUUUGGCACUGGGGACGGAAGACGGAAAGCUGCUACUGGUGGAUGGAUGCUUGCGUUUGGUAGGGCAUGAAACAACGUCUAGCACGGUGAUCCCAAUGCACCAUGAUGCGAAACGGCAGUGUCACAUCGAGUUGUUUCGCUCCGAUCUGGAGAAGGUCGUCCAUCGACUGCAACAGGUUCGCGAUCGAGGAUUGUACGUCGGGUUACAGUUGCUGCAAGAGGUGGAAGCUGCGAUCGAAUGUAUGUUGCAGAUUGUUUCUUUGAAACUGUUCAUGGUGGGUUUCGAAGAUGGUACGGUGCUGCUUUACGAUCUACCGACGCUCUCCGUUAUCCGUCGAAUCGAUGCUCCGAAACGCGGUUGUUCCGCGGUGGCCAUGAAUUUCAUCGAGCCCAGCGAUGAUCCGAAGCCAUGCUUGUAUGUGUGGGUCUUCUACGCUCAUGCGGAAGGGGCGUUCGCUGUGCUGUAUUUGCUCAUGUACCAGAACAGGGAUCGUCCGGAAGGGCAGACAACCGAGUACUAUCAGCCCUGCGAACGCCUACGGCUAAAGAGCGGCGAUCCAGGCAGUCUGCCGCUCAAUGUGCAAACCAUCACAAAGAAGAUCGCUCAAGAAGAUGAACCGAUCACGCUGAGUGUGCUGAGCUGGAUGGGCUCGGAUAACACGACUACGGUACUGGUAUUUGACCUGAAUCAGUGGUACAAGGCGGAAAUGCCGUUCGAGUGCGAUUGGCAGCAGGAUCUGACGCACAUGGUCGUGUUUCAGCUGCAGGAACCGAGUUUUCACGUUCAACUAAUCGAACGCUCGCUCGUCCUGUUCCGUUCCAUUCAACGACCGGAGGAACACUUCUAUCCCAGCUCACUGGCGUUCGAUAUCAGCAGUUUCCAUGGCCUAGCACGCACCCAACACAGGUGGGUUGGGUUGCAGAACAAGUUGUUGCAAUAUCUCGACCAGGAUGGCGCCAACGUGGUCAUCGAGCCGGCCGGUCUCUAUCAGAUGCUGUGUCGUGCUGCACUAGUGCCCCAGUUUUAUGAACAACUUCCGGCCCCGGAUGAUGACGUGCGUGAAGUGCGAGAGUUCAUUCUGUCGCUUGGACUGGAGUACAAUUGCCACACGUUUCUGCAAAGCUGCAUCGACCUCUGGGCCGAUGGCAGCCAUCUCGGUGCCCACCCUGAACGAGGUGUUUCGCUGUCGACGCUGACCGAUUGGAUAUGGAAUCGCUCGAAAACACUGAAGGGAGUGUGCAAUCGGAUGCUGACACCGCUGCUGGAGGCGGCCACAAGCCGGAUCGAUACACGGACUCAAGAUGCCAUCGCACACUGUACCCGCGAACUGAAGCAACUCUCGGAUCUGUAUCGUACCAUUCUGACGGACUGUUUACCAUGCAUACCGGAAAAUGUUCUCGGAAGGCUUUCAAAAGAAUCGGAUUCGAUCCGCGCCGCUUCCGAGUACCAGAGCGUUUUGCAGUGGUUGCUGUACAUUUACGUUCUACCGGAAGGUCCCGAAUCCUCGUCAGUACCGUCGGACGAGGAGUCGGAUGAGGCAAACAGUCACUCCUUUGGACACUUUUCGUUGCUUCCAUAUCCGUACCGUACGCUGAUGGAGUUUUACGGCUCACAGCGGCGGAUGCUAAACGGAGACGAGGAUGAAACGUCCUGUGAGUUUCUGUUCAUCGAUAACCUGCUGGAGCGAGAGUUCGAUAGGGCAGCGGUUCGAAAGGUGUGGUUAGAUGGUGGCACGCAAGACGGCGAGACGAUACCCCUCUACCCACCGCAGUCGCUUCAGAAAGCUCUGCGAAUACUGCUUCUUCCUGAGGUAUCGCUGGAGCGAAAGCUUACGCUACUUUUGUAUCUAUUUAUGGAUAUUGUUGCCGUACUAGGCGAUGGACGGUAUCGUAACAUAUUGCAGCGAUUAGAAAGGUUCCCCAAUGUUUUCAACCUUAAGCUCGGCGUCAUGCGGCGUGUGCAAGCAUUCUGGCACUUGGACCACGGAAACAUGGCGUGUACCGUCGAGGAGUUCCUGUCGCCCCUGUCCAGCACGGUAGACUUUCCCCAGUGGCAUCGUGAAUUGAUCGUCUCGGUGCUUCUGCGUCUCGAUGCCCCUCAUCUUGCGCUGAAAGUGCUCCGCGCUCCCGGUUGUCCGGUGACGCCUCGGCUCGAACUCUUAACGCUCGUACAAAACAAUCUCAUCUCGGAGGCGUUCAGCUUGCAGCGCCGCACGCCGCAACCGGACGGCCAGCAGCUCAUCUGGUUCGUAGAAGCAAUCAUGCAAGUGGGUAAACCGGAAACGAUGCUUGAGUUUUCGCUCACCGAAGAGGAGAAGCAGGUGCUUCGUGACUAUCUUCAUGAAAGUCCAUUGGCCGGUGCGGGUGACGUUCUGAUGCUGGGACAUUUGCUGCAAAAUUUCGAGUUUGUCGAAGCAGUUCAGCUGGUCGAUCGGUUGAGCCGCAAGCGAAGCGUGUCGUUGGAAACGCAGCGGGAAAUAUUGGCUCUCUAUCACAAGGCACUCGAUCCAACUAGUCAACGGCUAGCAUACCUUACCUACUCCGAGCCGAAGGAGCUCGAGCCACGUUUCCCCACCAGUCCUACUACCUCGCCCAAUGGAGAUGGGGAAGAAAGAGCCGCGGCAGCAAAUACCCUCAGCUCUGCCUUGAUACGCAGCCGAGCCGAUUUCAGGGUGCGCGUUAUGCACCGUUCGAUCGUGGCCAUAAAGGAAGCGGCAGCACUAACGGGGCUGCAACACGAUCGCCCUUUUCUAGAGAAACCGGGCCUGGGCGUGUUCCAGUGUCGGCCUAUGGUCCGCAGUCGCAACGUAGCGUACCCCGUGCGGCUGGAUCCGUCGAUGAACAAACGCCGGCAGCGUGAUAUUUCGUUCGAAGAGUUCGCCGGAACAGAUCGUAACCCACUGUUGAACGAAGAGGACGGACAGGGUAUUCCGCGGAAGAGACGUUGUCUUGGUCCGGAGAGCACUGGUGGCCGACGCUAUGUAAACUUCGACGUACCCGUCCCCACGAUACCGGAGUUUAAGCCUAUGAAGCCAAAGUUUAACUUUACGGCAACGGCAAUCGAUGCUGCGAGUGGCAUUGGGAGUGAUCGUACAUCAAAGUCCACCAGCCAUUCGCCAAGCAUUUUCCUUACGACUCCUCCGGUCUCGCGUAAAUUUCUACGUCCGGGCGAUCGUUCUGAUUCGCCAUUUUUCGAAAAUUCCCACACGCCACCACACGGUAUCCUGAAACCAAACCAUUCGGAUCAGAGUGCAUCGUCAGCGCACCUCAACGAUGGGGAGGAGAAAGUUUUACGAUUCGAGCUUCCCACCGGUGGCGUCGGAGACAGUACGCCUGCAGAAGGUCACAAGGCGUUAAACACCAGCCCCACGCUAUCAGCAAUGCGCGACGAAACUACACCAACGGCAGCACGUCUCGAACGCCCCGAUCUCAAUCUGUCCGGUGUAUCGAACGACGAUUUCUACUCGCCCGAGGUGACAAUGGAGAACAGUAGCUUGCAGCAGGUCCUGUACACCGGUGCUCCAACCCGUCGUCGGCCGUUGCACUACGCGUCGCGCUCGGAGACCCCUACCGCAGCGCAGGCCGAUGAGCCAAGCAGAGAGAACAAUAUUGCGAUUAUCAUCGAAGAUCAUCUGGAAGAUGAUGACUCCAGUAAGGGCGAUGAACAGCGCGAGGAAGACGAGGAACCGAUGGAGCUGGAGAUGGAGGACGACCCACGGGAGAAUCUGGAAAGCCCAAUCCGCGAACGAUCGCACGUUGUUGAAGAACGGAUUGAUCUCGCAGAACGUGAACAACCCAUUGAGAGUGCAGCCGAAACUGAGGAGGAGAUUGAAGAUGAGAUCAUUUUGCUGGAUAACGAUGUGGAAUCCAUUCGCAGCGGUGAAGAUCAGAAUGUUGCCGACAACGAAUGUAUGGAAACCUCGUCAGAUGAAGUUUUGGCGCCAAGCGGCGGCAAUCAAGUACCACCAGAGGAGCAAGAGCUGCCCGAAAGUGACGCACAGGAUGAGGAAGAAGACGAUAAUGUUUCAGAAAUAGUGCUCGAUGAUGAAGAAGAGGGCGAUGACCUUGAAGAUGAAGAUGAUGUCGAUGAGGAAAUUGAGGAAGAAAGUUACGAUGAAGAUGAUGAUGAUUAUGGAGAUGAUGAUGACGGGAAUGGAGGCGCCAAUGUUUAUGAAAAAGGUCAUAGCAUUGACCCCGCUUCAUCGGACGAUAGCGUAUUGGAGGUGAUCGAUGUAAGUGAUGAAGACACGAGCCCGUCCCCUUCAUCGGAUUCUUCGACUAGCGGUUCGUCGGGGACGCAGGGUCAGGCUGACGAGCAGGCCGUGCUGGAACCUUUUGUCCAAGACCAAGCAGAUGAACCCGCUACUGGCAGUGGUUCAGAGAUGCAUAGGUACGAAGAGUUCUACUCCGAGUCCGUGCCGCAGGCCCUGUUCGAUGAGGUGGAAUUGGUUGAGCAGAACGAUGGUGGCAGACCACCGACGGAUUACAUUCAAGUUCCUACUACGUCCUCUUCAACGCACCGUACUGAGCAGGAAGCUGCGGAUGGCCCACAAAACCGUCGCACGGUCGACGGUGCCGAGGAAUCACCAGAAGUGGAAGAUCUCUCCGUUCAGCAGCAAGAUUCGGAUCCGGUUUACAUUUUCAGUGCUCCGACGGCAGCCCGUGACUUCUCGGUGGCAGGUGAACAGUGGGACGACGGUGUCGCCAGUACGAGCGGGCUCUCGGAAGCUCGGUUGGCUGCGCCGGUCACGCCGGCCACAUCGUCCCCACCGAGUGGCACAACGGCAUCAGUGACGGCACCGGCACAAACGCACGAGGAAAAGGAAAAUCAGUUUGGCCAGCCGAAGAAUGCGCACGAGCUAGAAGUACCAGCCAUUAAUCUGUCGGUCAAGCCCGACGAAGCGCACGGUUCGAGCCGCAAGAACAGCAAGGGCGAAGAGAACGGGCUGCUGACGGAGGAGUCACGUGCGUUAAACCUUUCUGCCGACCAGCAAGAGCUUGCCGCACAGUUGAGAGCCGCCGAUGCGGUCAGCGAAUCAGCGAGUGAUGAUAAUGAUCGCGAAAAAGUUGCGGCCUCAGAUGAAAGUAGCAAAGAAACAGACGGAACCGAGGCACACUCAUCAAGUGAGGGAACUACGGAGGAAACUCGGCAGUCUCUCGAGGAGACCGGAACUGACAGCGAGCCCAAAGUGCAAAGCAAUGAGAGCGAAGAGAUGGAAAUUGAACUGCAUGUUUCUGGUGACCAGGGCGGUAGUGCCGAAGCAGACGUACAAGCCAAAACUUCCGGCGCUGACUCCGAACAGAGGGAGCACGAAGAAGAGCCCUCUAACGAGCACGACAUAUUAGAGGCCGGUGAUAACGCACACGUUGAGCAACCAGAUGCGAGUGAAGAACUGAAAUUGAAAGAAACACAGCAAGAACUUGUGGCAAAGCCAGGCCCGAAGGCGAGGCAUCAGGAGCUGGCGCUACAGGAUCCGAGCACCCCAUCAACAUCAAGUCCGCGGCCAAACGUAAAGACGCGCUUCAUGCUUGCCAUGGAGAAAUCCGCCACCACGCAGAAUGAACCGAGCACUCCUACUAGACGGCGCUCUGUGCGGGCCACUUCCGUUAUGGCGGACACCUCCAAUACUCCGCUCACGCCUACGUUGUCCCGCAAUCGUCGGUACUCUUCGAUGGACAACGUAUCGGGCACUCCGGAAGCGCCACUUACACCGCGUCGGUUAACCCGCGCUUCGUCUAUGGCGAAAGAGCUGUUUGGCACCGAUGUAACGCCCCAGAAGAUGACACGCCGGCCAUCGCAAUCGUCUGUCGACACGGAACAGCGUCCUUCUCUUCCUAACAGUCCGGAUGAUUCGAUCAUGGAACCACCGGAGCCGUCCGAGCGAUCGUUCGCAAGCUCGACAGCCAGCAGCACUCGGCGCAGCACACGGGUCCGCAAACAGCGAGCUGUGACGGCGUCCCAUACCGAAUCCGAAUCAUCCGAGCGAAGCCAAAGCGGAGCUCCGCUGUUGGCCGAUUAUUCCUCCAACCGUAGGCUCACGCGCCACCAGCUGGCGGUGAUGGAAAAAUCAUUAGAAAUAGCAUCGGCUAGUACCAGUGCGGUACGAACCAGACGAACUAGCUCACGUGCCACCGAACCGGACGAGACCGGUAAUGACAGUGAACCGGAAUCGAUCGUUUCGAACGUGAGCGGAACAUCGGCACGAUCGACACGAUCGCGCACGGCUCGUACUGUGCCAGCUACGAGACGAACUUCGAUCGAGACACGCUCUAGUCGUGCGGGCAGCAGGGGUAGGGCAGGAUCCACCACUGGAAGCACCCAACAACUACACGACCCGAGUGAGCAAGAUACCGAUGAAUCGGAUCACUCAAUUGCUGGUUAUGCUGGCAGUCAGAGAGGAUUAGCACCGAUUGCAGAGGAAGGAACAGAAACCAGCAGCACCGAAGGUUCCAGGAAGAGGUCCCGUGGAAGGAAGGCACCAAAAGGUGGCGAUAAGUGAAAAGGCAGCACAACUUGCCAAAAUGUGUCAGAAUGCAUGUGUAGCUCCUUAUCCUACAUACACACUCGUCAACAAUAUUCGUCGGUUGUGCGUGCACUUCCGAUUGCUCUGAGUUUUGUGUUCAUAGCGAUUUGUG